AGUGACUCACACAAACAUUCACUGAGAAUAACACACACGGAGUGACUCACACAUUAACACACUGAGAGUAACACACUGACUCACACAAGACAUACUGAGAGUGACUGACACACUCAACAACAAUAGCAACUUGCAUUUAUACAGCACACUCCACAUGGGACAGCGUCUCAACACACAUAUACCAAGAGUGACACACACACAGACACAGAGUGACUGAAACACAAACAUACACACACUGAGAGUUUCUGAGCCGGCAUAGGAGCCUGACCCCUCCUUUCUCAGGCCACCAGUGGUGUCGGGGGAAUGAUCCAGUUUGCCAUCGAUCGCGGUGGGACCUUCACCGAUGUCUUUGCCCGGUGUCCAGGCGGCCGAGCCCGGGUCCUCAAGCUGCUCUCCGAGGAUCCGGCAAAUUACUCCGACGCUCCCACCGAGGGAAUCCGGCGCAUCCUGGAGCAGGAAUGUGGAGAGCCGGUACCCAGGGAACAGCCGCUGGACACCUCCCACAUUGACUGGAUCCGGAUGGGCACCACUGUGGCCACCAACGCCCUGCUGGAGAGGAAGGGCGAGAGGAUAGCGCUGGCCAUCACCAGGGGCUUCCGAGACCUACUGCACAUUGGCAACCAAUCCCGGCCCAAGAUUUUCGACCUGGAGGUGGUGAUGCCAGAGGUGCUGUAUGAGGAGGUGAUUGAAGUUGAUGAGAGGGUGAUAUUACAGCAGGACAGCUGUGGACUGUCCCCUCCGGCUGACUCCAGCAUACACACAGGGUGCACGGGUGAGCGAGUGCAGGUGUGGCAAGCACUCAAUGAGAGUGAGCUGGAGAGGGAGCUGCAGCAGGUACUGUCUAGGGGAAUCCGCAGUCUGGCUGUGGUGCUCCUGCACUCUUACACAUGGCCUGACCACGAGAGGCAGGUGGGGGAGCUGGCUCGCCGGUUGGGAUUCUCUCACGUCUCUCUCUCCUCGGAGGUCAUGCCGAUGGUGAGGGUGGUGCCGCGGGGAUUCACUGCCUGCGCUGAUGCCUACCUCACCCCGUGUAUCCACCGCUACCUCAACGGCUUCCGCUCCGGCUUCCAGCACUCUCUCAGGGAUGUGCGAGUGCUGUUCAUGCAGUCUGACGGAGGCCUGACCCCCAUGGACCAGUUCAGUGGCUCUCGGGCCAUCCUCUCGGGGCCAGCAGGCGGGGUGGUGGGCUACGCACUGACCACCUACAGCAAAGAGGAGAAGAGACCUGUCAUUGGCUUUGACAUGGGCGGGACCUCCACUGAUGUCAGCCGCUAUGCCGGGGAGUAUGAGCAUGUGUUUGAGGCCUCCACCGCCGGCAUCACCAUCCAGGCCCCGCAGCUCGACAUCAACACUGUGGCAGCUGGGGGCGGCUCUGUGCUGUUCUUCAGGUCCGGACUGUUCGUUGUCGGCCCAGAGUCCGCAGGAGCUCACCCAGGUCCUGCCUGCUACAGGAAAGGGGGGCCGCUCACGGUGACCGAUGCUAACCUGUGCCUGGGCCGCCUGCUGCCACAUUUUUUCCCCAAGAUUUUCGGGGAGAGCGAGGACCAGCCUCUGUCUGAGGAGGACGCCCAGCGCAGCCUCCGCUACCUGACCCAACAGGUCAACAGCUUCCUGCAGGAGCAGCCCCAGGGCGCUGGGGACCCGGGAGCUGCCCGCGGGACCAUGUCUGCGGAGGAGGUAGCCAUGGGCUUCCUACAAGUAGCCAACGAAGCCAUGUGCCGGCCCAUCAGAGCAUUGACACAGGCAAAAGGACACGACACAUCGCAGCACACACUGGCCUGCUUUGGGGGUGCGGGGGGUCAGCACGCCUGUGCCAUCGCCCGCUCCCUGGGCAUGAAGACCGUCUUCAUUCACAAGUACAGUGGGAUACUCUCAGCCUAUGGCAUGGCUCUGGCAGAUGUGGUGCAAGAGUGUCAGGAGCCGUGCUCGCUGGUGUACGAGGAGGAAGCUUUCGCUUUGCUGGAUGGACGGAUGUCUGCGCUGGAGGAGCAGUGUGUGGCCGCCCUCCUGUCACAGGGAUUUAAUAGGUCAGACAUCAGCACAGAGACCUUCCUGCACCUGCGUUACGAGCGGACAGACUGUGCCCUCAUGUGCUCCGCCCACGGCUUCCCGGCAAACGCCCAAAAUUGCCGGCACGGAGACUUCCGAACGGCCUUCACCAGCAGGUACCUCAGUGAGUUCGGAUUCACAAUCCCCGAGCGGCCUAUUGUGGUGGACGAUAUCCGAGUGCGAGGCAGCGGCAGGUCCUGUGUGGGGGCCGAGCCCAGGCUGAGCCCCAGCGGCCACGAGCCUCGCGUGGAAACGGUUGUACGUUGUUACUUUGACGAUGGUUACCAAGAUACCACUGUGUACCUGAUGGCUGACCUGUCCUGCGAUCACCAGAUCCCUGGUCCGGCCAUCAUCAUUGACAGUAACAGCACGAUCCUGGUGGAGCCUGAUUGCUCGGCCGUGGUGACAGAGUGCGGGGACGUGAAGAUCACUAUCGGGAGCGGCGUCCUGCGGGCCAUCGGGACGGAGCUCGACACCGUGCAGCUGUCCAUCUUUUCCCACCGCUUCAUGAGCAUCGCAGAGCAAAUGGGUCGGAUCCUCCAGAGGACGUCCAUCUCCACCAAUAUUAAGGAGCGACUGGACUUCUCAUGUGCUCUGUUCGGGCCGGAUGGUGGGCUGGUGUCUAACGCCCCCCACAUCCCUGUACACCUGGGAGCCAUGCAGGAGACUGUGCAGUUCCAGAUCAGACAUUUAGGUGAUGAUUUGAAGGAAGGAGACGUGAUCCUGAGCAACCAUCCGGCGGCCGGGGGAAGCCACCUCCCUGACUUGACUGUCAUCACCCCGGUGUUCCGCCGGGGUGUCCCACGCCCCGUGUUCUUCGUGGCCAGCAGGGGGCACCACGCUGACAUCGGGGGCAGCACGCCGGGCUCCAUGCCCCCCCACUCCAAAACUCUGCUGGAGGAGGGGGCCGUCUUCAUAUCCUUCAAACUAGUGCAGGCCGGAGUCUUCCAGGAACAGGGUGCGACAGAGUUGUUGUUGGCUCCCGCACACACUCCUGGCUGCAGUGGUUCCCGGAACCUACACGACAACCUGUCGGACCUGCGAGCGCAGGUGGCGGCCAAUCAGCGUGGGAUCGGGCUGGUGAACGAGCUGAUUGACGGUUACGGCCUGGAGGUGGUGCAGGCCUACAUGGCUCACAUCCAGAAUAACGCAGAGUUGGCGGUGAAGGAGAUGCUGAAGACAUUUGCCCGAACCCACCGGGAGAGAAUGGGAACGCUCAGGGUGGGGGCCGAGGAUUACAUGGAUGAUGGGACCCCAAUCAAGCUACAAGUCACCAUCAAUGAGGAAGAGGGGACGGCUGUGUUUGAUUUUACAGGCUCGGGCCCUGAAGUGUUUGGUAACUGCAAUGCCCCUCGUGCCAUCACCCUCUCUGCUCUCAUUUAUUGUCUCCGUUGCAUGGUGGGGCAGGACAUCCCUCUGAACCAGGGCUGUCUGGCUCCGGUUCAGGUCCGGAUGUCAAGGGGCUCCAUCCUGGAUCCAUCCCCAGAGGCCGCAGUUGUCGGGGGCAACGUCCUGACCUCACAACGGCUGGUGGACGUCAUAUUCAAGGCCUUCUCUGUGUGCGCGGCCUCUCAGGGCUGUAUGAAUAACGUGACCUUUGGUAACGAGCGGGUGGGUUACUACGAGACGGUGGCGGGUGGAGCUGGCGCAGGGCCAAGCUGGCACGGCCGGAGUGGGAUCCACACCCACAUGACCAACACCCGCAUCACGGACCCCGAGAUCCUGGAGAAAAGGUACCCUGUGGUGCUGAGGAGGUUUGAGCUGAACCCAGGCUCUGGGGGUCAGGGCCUGUUCUGCGGUGGGGAUGGUGUGAUCCGGGAGCUGCUGUUCCGGGAGAAGGUGGUCCUCUCCGUGCUGACUGAACGCCGAAGCUUUCGACCCUACGGCAUGCAUGGGGGGGAGCCAGGAGCCCCAGGACUGAACCUGUUGAUUUGUGAAGAUGGAAGGAUCAUAAACCUCGGAGCAAAAACAUCGAUACCACUUAAACCAGGGGACAUGUUCCGACUGCGGACCCCUGGUGGGGGGGGAUGGGGAGCAAAGGACCAAGAAACCCCGGGUGACCACCAUAGUGUGAGGAAAUGGCGAUCAGAGCCUGGCGUCACUGAGAGGGGCAGUGUGUUCGAGUACAGACGGGCCCAGGAGGCUGUGUGAUCAACUACCAGCUCAGUCUUAAUCCCCCGAGGGUUGGGCUUCUUCAUGUCAUCUGACAUGGCUGAUACUCAAAAUACAAUGGUACAAUGUGGAACACUUCACCACAAGCGAUUUUGAUCAUUAAUUCAAAGAGCACAUAAUGGGAUUAGAGUAGAGAUCUCCAGUGGAGAGUGAGCAGGAGCACAGACACAAUAAGGAAAAAACAGGGAAUGGGAUUGGAGUAGAGAGCUCCAGUAGGGAGUGAGCACCAGCAUAGACGUGCUGCAGAAAGAGCAGGGAAUGGGAUUAGAGUAGAGAGCUCCAGUAGGGAGUGAGCACCAGCACAAACACUAUGGGGAAAGAGCACAAGAAUUGGAUUAGAGUUGAGAGCACUAGUACAGAACAAGUGGUUCUGACUCUGAAACAGAAGCAAGCAUUUGUCUUUGGGAAGAUGAUCAGUAGUUGGUUGGAGACUUGGCCUCAGGGAAUGCACUGAGGCUGAGCUUUGAUAUCACUCCAAACUCCCAAUAAAGACUUUUAUUCAACCUAA